CAAAAUGCUCUGGCAUUUGCUGUUUAGCUGCAUCACUACAGCGACGGCUGUCCUUGGAAAGACGGAGCCGAUUGCCAUACAGGGCUCCAAAUUCCUCCGCUCAUCCACUGGCGAGCAAUUCAUCCUAAAAGGCCUGCACUACUCCCUCGACACCACUAAUAACAACCAUGACUCCAACGACCCUCUCGCAAACCCCACCGCCUGCAAACGCGACAUUCCCUCCUUCGAAUCCCUCGGAAUAAACACCAUCAGCGUCUACACCGUCAACGCAACAGCAGACCACGACGAAUGCAUGCGCCGCCUCGCCAACGCCGGAAUCUAUGUGAUCCCCUACCUAAACCCGCUCAACGGCCUCGAUUCCGGAAACGUCACCUGGACAACAGAGGAUUUCGCCGCGCAGACGGCCCUCGUCGAUGCCUUUGUGGGAUAUGAGAAUGUGCUCUCUUUCUUCUUCCAGAUUGAUUCAGGUCCUGUCGCUGAACGGGCGGCGGGGGAUGGGAAUCAGACGGAGGGAUCUGCGCUCUUCUCUGCGUACGCCAAGAGCGUUGUUCGUGAUGUCAAGGCGUAUAUUGCCAGCAAAGAGAAUCGGAAGAUCCCCGUUGGAUACGCGACGCGGGCUACCGAGCUGAUGGAGGAUGAGAUCAACUACUUCACCUGCGGUGACCAGGAGGAGCGAGUCGACAUUUUAGGUAUUCGGAGCGAGAGCUGGUGCGCGGGUUCGACGUUUGCGAGUAGUGGAUGGGAGGAUCUCACGGACGAGCUUUGGUUUCCGAGUGUGCCGGUGGUCAUGGCGGAGUAUUAUUGUGCAGAACUCGAGGACAGGGACGAGGAGAUGGGUGAUGUCGCUGCGCUUUAUGGGGAAGAGAUGGCGUUUGAUUGGUCCGGGGGGUUGUUUUAUAUGUAUGCUGGGUCGGAUUAUGGCCUGGUGGAAAUCAAUAAUGGCAAAGUCACUGAAUCCCCAGCCUUUGACACCUUCGCCUCCAUCCUCUCGUCCUCGGACCACGCCUCGACCAACGACACAGCAUCCUCACCCAGUUAUUAUACCUCUUGCAGCUACACAAACCCCUUCCCCAAACAGCCCCCACCACCAGACGCGCAAUAUUGCGACUGCACCCUCCGCCACAGCCUCUGCACCCCUCUAUCCACCUCUCCCUCGACACUCGACGCCCUCUGGGAGGACAUCUGCUCCAACAGCACCGACCUCUGCCGCCGCCGCCCAACCGACAACUACGCGGGUGAACAUGGCGACUACUCGAUGUGCAACGCCACUGUGGAGCUUGCAGCCCUAUUAAGUGAUGCCACGGUCGAUGACUUGGGAACGGGCAGUGAGACUUGCGGGAGGAAGUGGGGUAAGAAUGUCGGGUUCAAUCCGCUGUAUGGGAGUUGGACCAAUGGGCGCGGCCCGCGGACGUGUGCACACAGGCCGAUUGGGGCGGGUCCUUCUGGCGAGGACCAAGUUGACCAACGGUUUCGGAGCAGCGCUGGCUGGCACCGCACGUCCGUGCUCUUUAUUGUCCUCAUCGUGUUGGCAGGUGUAAUCUUCAUCGCGUUGAUAGCGAUUACUGUCUGUUGCGUGAGACGACGGCGGCGGAGGAGGAGAGCGGCGUCUGCUGCUGUUGCUGCUGGAACUGCAACUGGAGCCGACGCCGACGCCGGCGCCGGCGCUGCGGCUAGUGAGGUCGCUCAAGGAAAGCAGCCCGAGCGGCCGGACUUGCAGAGUGAUUUUGCAGAGAUGGCCGAGGGGUCUUUGUCGGCGCCUGUGGCUACUGGAGGCUUGGGCGGUGCAAGCCCGAGUGCGAGUGGGAGCGGGAGGGCGACUACAAUCAUGCCGAUGGAGUUCUUCGCCCCGGGGCCUGGAGAGGAGAGAACAGCGCGGUGA